UAGACCCUGCACGGGGAGUGGUUAAAUGCUACUCCUUAGACCUAGAGACAGACACCGUGCUUUGUAAUGUGCAACUGGAGAUGUGCAACUAAACAUCCUCAGGAAAACACUGUCUACUUCUAACAGAGACAAAUACUAUGUGUAUAGAGUGUUUCAGAUGCUCUCCUGUGUGGAUACAGAAGCACUUUGCCCAGCCUUAAAGAUCAGCAUCACUCAGAGACAUGGGAAAUCUCCACUGAGGUUGUCUGAUCAGUUUCCCUUAGGUGAUUUUCAUCACUGGAAACUUUGCAUUCUGAGUCUCACAUCUGAGAACAUCUUCCGAAGAAGGCGUUGGACUUCACCCUAAGAGAGACAGAUUUCCACUUUAGAGACGACGUAAUUUUCCUUCCUGUGAGAAUAACAUGAAUCAGAGGGUGUUAGCUUUCCUUCUCCCAAAUUUUUUAUUUGGUCUAUUUCUUCUUGGGUUUUUCAGUAAGAGACAGAAGAACCUAACAGAUACUUUUCCCAAAAAUUGGCUGGCAAUUCAAAACAGUCGGAAAACCACACUGGCUUCUGUCUGCCUGAAGAAUAACCUUAAUAAACCAGGAAGCAAAUUGGAUUCUCAUGUUGCAUACCAGCUCUUUGUGGAGCACAAGCAUAAAUUCAUCUACUGUGAAGUGCCCAAAGUAGGCUGCUCCAACUGGAAGAGAACUAUUUUUCUUCUUCAAUCAAACUUGAAUACAGAAGCUUCUGAAAUUGAGCAUGUCAACAUCCACCAUACCACACUGAUAAAAAGGCUCUUGUCUUACCCUCCUGCCUUACAAAAGGAAUUUCUAAGCAAUUACACCAAAGUGAUGUUCACCAGACAUCCCUUCGAAAGGCUGGUUUCAGCUUACAGAGACAAACUCCUGCACUCUGAACCAUUCUACAGUACCACUGUUGCUAAUGAGAUUAGGGCAAUGUUCAGGAAAAAUACAAAUUCUUCUGAAAAAGUGAGUUUCCAGGAGUUUGUCAACUUCAUUAUAGCAAAACCACCACAUAGUCUUGACAUUCACUGGAAACCAAUGUUUCUGCUCUGCGAUCCUUGCAACAUUCACUAUGAUGUUCUGGUUUUCUUUAGUCAGAGGAAGCUGGAAAUUAUUCCCAUCAAAGUUAAGUUUACGCUGAAGGAUGCAGUCUCUUUUUCCUGAAUCAGAGCUACAUGCUUCUCCUUUGACAGAUCAUGCAGAGGUAGAGGGGAAGAAUAUUCGCUUCAUAACUUUCUUCUACAUGAGAGAUCCCUCCAGAGCUGUAUCUGAAACUGCAAGUAUAUCUAAAAAUACGUACUGUAUUUUGUACUCUGGCACCCUCAUCCAGCCUAGGAAAGCUUUGAAGAAAUGAUACUGACAGAGUUGGAUAGGUGUCUUUGCUAUCAGCAUGCAGUGUUAACAUCCCCCUCCAGUUCCUUGCUGUUAGAUGUGAGUGGCUUUCUAUUCUUAUUUCCUCUUUCACAGAGUUUCACAUAUUGUUCCUACAGUGGUGGCAGAAAACUGAUGACUAAUUCAUUCAUCACAAGCACUAGUCAGUAGCAGAAGGAUAUCUGUUAAAGCAGAAAAGUCUCUGUAACUAUUCACACCAGACUUUGAGUUUUGCCAUUUGCCUAUAGGGAACUGUAUGUAGCACAUUGCCCCAGAUCACUGGCUGCUAUAAUGCUGUUUGUCUGGUGUGGGUCUGAACAAAAAAAAAGUGGCAGAGGACGUGUGGGCAUGUCUGCCUAUAUAACAACAGGCUUAGGACACAGCAUCAAAUAAGAACGGCAUAGAUUUUGUAUUACCAUCAGUAAUAAAUUGAGAAUCAUGGGUUGGAAAAGAGAAUAAUCUGUAGGAAAACAGAAAAAAAUAAUUUUUGAUGUUGUAAUAUAAUGAAGGCUCUGGAUAUUGUCUUAAACAGCCUGCAAGAACUGCAAGACACCUGUAAACUUUAUGAUGAAAAUUAAAACACAAGUGUCUUUUUAUGGCCUGGAAGAGAAGCUUCCUGUACUGUCUCUUGCCUACGAGUGCAAUGUCCAGAACAAGGCUCUAAGCAAAGCUGGGGUCCCUCCUGACUUUUGCUCAGAGAAUAACCCUCAGUGGAACUUCUUUCCUUUGGAUGCUAACCCUUGCUGAUGCUCCUGGGUGGAAAAUGGAUUCUUGCAGUUGGGAGCAAGGGUGGAGGCAGUGUGGUGAGGCUCAGGCCCUGGGGAGGAUUUGAAUGGGGAGGGAGUGCCAUAAUUCAUCUUCUGAUUUAUUGUUAUAUGCCCACGAUAUGAUCAUUGAAAUGUUAAUUUGUGAUUACCUUAAUAAACUGUAGUGAGUUAACACAUUAGUCUAUUUGUUCAUCCUUCUCAAUAGCAUCUGUUCAGAAAACAAACCCACCUCAAAGUUGUUCUAUCAAAUUAAAACAAAUGCCACACACUAUUAGACAACAAUCAAUACAAAGCUGCUUGCCUUUGUUUUG